AUGGCCUCUGCAAGCACCUUCCUGCUGCUGGCCCUCGCCGCUUUCCAACUCCUCUGCACGGGGGCGACGGCGUUCGAUUACCCUCCGCUGGUGAAGGGGCUUUCGUGGACCUUCUACAAGAGCAGCUGCCCCAAGGCCGAGUCCAUCGUGAGGAACUACCUGAAGACCGCCAUCAAGAGAGACGUCGGCUUGGCCGCCGGGCUCCUCCGCAUCCACUUCCAUGACUGCUUCGUCCAGGUGAUUAUCCGAUCGCCUACUCCCACCAGUGGCGCCGCCGCCGGAGGGAUUUAGCUUGACGGUGCGGUCUUCGUCUUCCUUGUGUAGGGCUGCGACGGGUCGGUCUUGCUCGACGGCACCGACGGCGAGAAGUUCGCGCCUCCGAACCUGUCCCUCCGGCAGUCCGGCUUCAACGCCAUCAACGAUAUCCGCAACCUCCUCCAGAAGGAGUGCGGCCGCGUUGUCUCCUGCGCCGACAUCGCCGCCCUCGCCGCACGCGACUCCGUCUUCCUGGUAAAAAAAAAAAAAAAAAAAAGGAGAAGAGAAAAACCUUAAGAAGAUUUCCCUCCAUGCUGGUCCACCGCGUUGACUUGAUGUUGUUGGCUUGGCGCAGGUUGGGGGGCCCGACUACAAGGUGCCGACGGGGCGACGAGAUGGUCUGACCUUCGCGAGCAGAGCGACCACGCUGGACUUCCUGCCCCCGCCGUCGUCGAACGCGACGUCGCUCAUCAAGGCCCUCGACAAGCUCAAACUGGACACCAACGACCUGGUGGCGCUCUCCGGCGGCCACACCAUCGGCAUCGGCCACUGCCCCUCCUUCACCGACCGGCUAUACCCGACCCAGGACCCCGUCAUGGACAAGACCUUCGCCAACAACCUCAAGAGAACCUGCCCGGAGCGCAACACCGACAACGAGACCGUGCUGGACAUCCGCAGCCCCAACGUCUUCGAUAACAAGUACUACCUUGACCUGAUGAACCGGCAGGGGCUCUUCACCUCCGACCAGACUCUCCACACCGACAGCAGGACCAAGGACCUCGUCAUCAGCUUCGCCAUUGACCAGAGCCUCUUCUUCGAGAAAUUCGUAUACUCCAUGACGAAGAUGGGGAUGCUGAAUGUCCUCACCGGCAGCCAGGGGGAGAUCCGUGCCAACUGCUCCAUCCGCAACCCGUCCCGCGCCGACGAGGCCCUGUCGACCCUCGUCGACGGCGACGGCGAGGCCGCCGCCUUCUAG